AUGGAAAGGCAGGAUAGUAUUGAAACGCGUCUGACACAGGUAGAAAGCCAGUUGAGAUCGAGCGAUGAUGUAACCAGUCAGGUUAACCUAUUACAAGAUAAAAUUAAUGCAAUGGAGCAACAGGCACGGCUUUAUAACGUUGAGAUUGCUAAUUUACCAGAACGAUGUAAUGAAAAUCUUCUAUCUAUUAUUGAGAAGAUUGGUUGUAUCAUCAAACACCCUGUCAGCAAAUCGGACAUUGUAUCAGCCCAUAGAAUGCCACAAUUUGAUAAAAAGUAUUCGCGCCAAAAAAAUGUGAUUAUAAAAUUUACAACGAAAAUAAUCCGCGACAACUUCAUCACGGCAGCACGGGUAAAUAAAUGUUUAAAAUCUGACCAAUCUGACCUGGUACUAUACAUAACGUACAUACAUAAACGAACAUCUUACAGCUAA